ACACACACAGAAACUGAUGCGAGUUCCUCUAUCUGGCAGAGCCAGUUCCUCCAUCUGAUGCUGACUUGUUUAUGUUCAGGGGACCAGUGCUCAGCAGGAAGUGGUCCGCUCUGCUGCUGAGCUCUGCUUCAUACCGGUCCUCAGAACCGGUCCGGCUCACGGGCCUGGCUCGGGUGGGUCCCCACGGAUGAAGUGGCCCUCGCCCUCUGCUCUCGCUGUCUCCGGGUGCACGCACGCCCAACAGGAGGAGGAGGAGAAGAAGGAGGUAGAGGAGGAGGAGCAGGGGUCCGGCAUGGAGCUGUAGGGACCCGAGCAGAGCCGUCAGGAGAAGAACUCUGAGAUGAACAGGACCAAGAGGAAGUCCAAUGUGGAGUGUCCUGAAGUGAUGAAGAGCAAGAAGCUGGUCCAGCGGAGGAGAAACACAUGUCCCAGUCCUCAGGACAUCAGCAAGGCCCUGCAGAGCCCCAGCUCUGCUCCCAGCCCCAGCGCUCCCAGUCUGGACGAGCUCAUCCAGCGCUGUCUCAACUGCUUCGACUCUGAAGGCAGGAUCUCCAGCCCCAGAGGUUCCCAGUUGGUCCACAUGACCCUGAUGAUGCACAGCUGGAUAGUCCCGUCUCAGACGUUCGCCCAGAAACUCCUCACCCUCUACAAGGACUGUCCCCCUGACAAGAGAGGACUCAGGAGGACCCAGAUCUGCCACCUUGUUAGGCAGUGGAUGAGUCAGUUUGCGGGCGUUUUUAAGGAGGACCCCGUCCUGGAGCAGACCAUGGGGGACCUGUGUGAGCUGGUCCGACUGGACGGAGAGAAGAUGCACUCGCAGCUCAUCAACACCUCCUGCCUAAGCCCUCACGUGAAUGCGUCCCAGGCUCCCUCGCCCUCUGUGAAGAAGAGGAAGGUGUCUCUGAUUUUUGACCACAUGGAACCAGACGAGAUGGCCGCGCACCUCAGCUACCUGGAGUUUAAAAACUUCUGUAAUGUUUCUUUCCUGGAUUACCGGAGCUACGUGGUGCGAGGUUCGGUCCGGGACAACCCUGCCCUGGAGCGUUCGGUCAUGAUGUGUAACGGAGUCUCCCAGUGGGUCCAGCUGAUGAUCCUCAGCAGACACACGGCCCAGCAGAGAGCCCAGGUCUUCACCAAGUUCAUCCACGUGGCUCAGAAACUGAGAGCGCUGCAGAACUUCAACACGCUGAUGGCCGUCACCGGAGGUCUCUGUCACAGCUCCAUCUCUCGCCUCAAAGACACGUCCAACCUGCUGCCUCCUGACAUCACAAAGGUCCUGAGUGAGUUCACCGAACUGCUCUCCUCACGCAGCAACUACAGCAACUACCGGCGGGUCUACAGCGAGUGCCAGGGCUUUAAGGUGCCCAUCCUGGGGGUCCACCUGAAGGACCUGAUCUCGCUCAACGAGGCCCUGCCGGACUACAUCGACGAGGAGAAGAUCAACCUGAGCAAACUGCAGCACCUGUACAGCAACAUCAACGACCUGCUGGCCAUUCACAGCUGCACGCCCCCCUUCGAGGCCAACAAAGACCUCCUGCAUCUGCUCACGCUUUCUCUAGACCUGUACUACACCGAGGACGAGAUAUAUGAACUUUCAUACACCAAGGAACCCAAAAACCCCAAGAUUCAGCCUGCGACUCCCGUUAAACCGCCGGUCGUGGCAGAGUGGGGGUCAGGGGUCACUCCCAGGCUCGACUCGGACACCAUAUCCAAACACGUCAAGCAGAUGGUAGAUUCCGUCAUGAAGAACUACGACCAGAACCAGGACGGCUACAUCUCACUGGAGGACUUUGAAAAAAUUGCAGCCAACUUCCCUUUUUCCUUCUGCACUCAAGAAACUGACAGGGAGGGACAAAUCAGCCGUGAAGAAAUCACGUCUUACUUCAUGAGGGGGAUGUCUGUGUGCGCCAAGCUGGGCUACAACUUCAACAAUACGCACAACUUCCAUGAAACCACGUACAAGAGGCCAACGUUCUGCGACACGUGCGGAGGCUUCCUGUGGGGAGUCAUCAAACAGGGUUACCACUGUAAAGACUGCGGGAUCAACUGUCACCGACACUGUCGAGAUCUGGUGAGGAGGGAGUGUCUGAAGAAACACAAAAACACAACCGGGUCGUGCCCGUGCACCCCGGCCCCUGACUCCAGAACCAAGGGCAACAGCUGGGGUUCUGAGGAGGAGGCCUUUGUUUUCCCUCAAAGUAACGAGACGGAGCACAACACCGGCACGACGCUUUGGAGGAACAACACGGGCGACCCGAAGCUGCAGGACUGCUCGACCCAGACGGACCCUGGAGUGUGGACCCCUGAGAGGAAGGACAGAAGGGGGAACCACCUGAACUCAGUGGUCCACGGGUCUCCAGGGAGAAGGGCCAACACGCUGCCACACAGGAACCGGGGGUGCUCCAUGCCCGUUCCCUUCCUGCAGGACAAGAUGGAGGAGCUCCACCUGCACAAAGACAAGAGCAGAGAGCCGGACUGACCGCUCCUCUUCCUCCUCGGACCAAAAACAAAGAAAAGCAGGCGGCUCGAUGGAACCAUGGCGGCGCCUCAC